AUGAAGACGGUCAAUUCGUCUACUUCGAUAUCUUCCCUUUUUGAUAGACCCAAUAUCACGGUUAAUACUAAUACUAGUAAUACCACUACAUUAACUACGCCAAUAAUAUCAGCGGUUUCUCUUAAUCAGCAUUUUCAACCAGAUGAUUUAUACCGGGUUAAUGAAUUAAUAAAUCAUAAGUUGAAUAAUAAAACGAUUGUUUUAUUAGUUGGGUUACCGGCAUGUGGUAAAUCAACUAUAUCAAAACAGUUGGCCAAUUACUUACAAUCAAAUAAUUACAACUCAAAAAUUUAUAACGCUGGUAAUAUCCGUCGUAAUCAAAAGCAUAAUAAUUUUACUAAUUCUGAUUUUUUCAAUCCAAAUAAUGAAGAAGCUAAAAAUGAACGAGAAAAUUUUGCUACUAUAACAAUGAAUAAUUUGUUAAAUGAUUUACAAGAGAAUAAAAUUAAUGUUGGAUUUUUAGAUGCAACCAAUACUACUAUUGAAAGAAGAUCAAGAAUGAUUAAUCUUAUUAAAGAAUCAGGUAUUUCGGCUAAUAUCAUCGUUUUCGAUAUUCAAUGUAAUGAUGAUCGUUUAAUUAAUUUUAAUAUUAGCGGUAAAGCUUUCAAUCCUGAUUACGUGGGUAAAGAUUAUUCUUCUUCUAUAAAUGAUUUUAAACAACGUACUAAACAUUAUUUUAAGGUUUAUGAACCAAUUUCUUCAAGUGAAUUAUCUAAAUAUUCUCUGAUUUGUUGUUACUUUAAAUUGGUUAAUGGUGGUAAAUCGCAUCAAAUUGUUUAUCCAAAUACAAAAGGUUUGGAAAUCAAUCAUUUUUCAAAUGAUAUAACUACAUUAAUUGGUUCUUUUGUUUCAAAUUAUUCUUUACUUCAUGGUGAUCGUUAUUUUGAAGCGGUCAACGCUUUUUACGAAAAAUAA